UGAGAUGGUGCAGAGUUCCUGUGGGGAGCUGCUGUGCUGUGUAACAGUAAAACUGAGAUCUGAUGAGCUGAAAAAAAACCUGGCCCAGAGUCGAGGGCAGAAGAGAAUUGGAGGAAAAGCGAGAGAGAGAGAGAGAGAGAGAGAGAGAGAUAGAAGGAGAGAAGGAGAGAGAGAUUAAGCCGGAGCUGAUUAUUAAUAGUUUGAUUCGUUAGAGCCACUGAGAAAUUGAUCCUCUGUUACUCACACAACAGCACACCCCAUCCAUUCCUCUCUGGAUUACAUUAUGCCCCAGUCUGUCCUGAAAUAGAAUGAAGAGCUGGACGCUGUAUAUAAGACUGGACGCUUGACCCUCCUCUCCUACCUCUGUCUCCCUCUCUCCCUCCAAUCUUUUCUCAUCCCUCGCUUCCCAGCCCUACCGGCUCUCCCUCCUCUCACACAGCUGCCAAGAUGGCAAUGCAGGAGUUACUGAAAGCUGAGGACAUCAAGAAGGCCCUGGAUGCAUUCCAAGUUGCUGAGUCGUUUGACCACAAGAAGUUCUUUGAGCUUGUGGGCCUGAAGGCCAUGACUGCAGAGAACGUCAAAAAGGUCUUUAAAGUCCUGGAUGUCGAUGAAAGUGGCUUCAUUGAGGAAGAGGAGCUCAAGUUUGUGCUGAAGGGGUUUUCUAAAGACGGCAGAGAUCUGUCCGAUAAGGAGACCAAAGCAUUCCUGUCUGCUGCCGACAAGGAUGGAGACGGGAAGAUCGGCAUCGAUGAGUUUGAAGCCAUAGUCCACGCGUAAAAAGGAACACACCUGGCAACCCGACACACCUCCUCUCUCCUCUGUACACCUGCAGGCUGAUACACUGUUCUGCAUGCAUCUCAACAUCUCACACACACACACACACACACUCAUACACACUCCGCCCCUGCACCCACAGGCCACGGGCAGGAACCUCAUCUACACCUUUAUUUAUUUAUUUGUUUUUUAUAUAAACUCUGCCGCCUCUCGUCUCAGACCCCCUUAAUAAAAUGAGCUACAGGGUUAUAUGCUCUCAGUAUAUUCAUCUAUACACACAGAAUAUAUUGUAAACAUAUUUCCAGUAUAUUACUUUGUUUGUAUUUUGGGAAUCCACAUCCCUCUUUUUCUUUCUGUCUGCCCUGCCCUACCAUCUCUCUCUCUCUCUCUCUCUCUCUCUCUCUCUCUCUCUCUCUCUCUCUCUCUUUUCAAAACUCAUCCCUCCUUCUGCUCUCAUUCCUCUCCUCCCUCGCUCCAGACAGAGCUGUGAUCGCGAUGACGUGCAAAAAAAAAACACAAGAUGAGCCGUGAAACAAAGAGAGAAAUAAAGGAAAUCAAACAAAGA